UGAAUUUUCAACCAAGAGCCUGUAAGUCGUUUGCCGUCUUUAUAUGACGCUGGCUAUGUGGCCGGAUCCAUCCAUUUCGCUCCAUCCUCGGGCUUCCUUCUUUCAGUUAAAGUAGAUCAGUCGAAAGAGGAAGAGCGAUGGUGGUGUUGGAUCUGGGGGAGUUCUCGGAGGAGGGGUUCGAUCCGAAGCGAUGGAUCAACGCGGCGCUGGACUCGCGGCACCCGCAGGAUCCCCUCGACCGCUUCCUCUCCGAUCUCGAGGAGAACCUCCGUGCCGCCUCCGAGAAGAUCGCCGACGCCCUCGAGCGCGAGAGCGCCGACGCCCUCCGCCGCGUCCCCCUCGCCUGCCGUGACGUCGUCCGCCUCCGCGACGACGCCCUCGCCCUCCGCUCCGUCAUCUCCUCCAUCCUCCUCAAGCUCAAGAAGGCUGAGGGCACAUCUGCAGAAUCUAUAGCUGCUCUUGCUAAAAUUGAUACUGUCAAACAACGAAUGGAAGCAGCAUACGAGACAUUGCAGGAUGCAGCAGGUUUGACUCAGUUGAGUGCAAGUGUCGAGGAUGUUUUUGCAAGCGGAGAUCUUCCACGGGCUGCAGAAACCUUGGCCAACAUGAGGCAUUGCUUAUCAGCUGUUGGAGAGGUUGCAGAAUUUGCUAAUGUGAGAAAGCAGCUCGAAGUAUUAGAAGACAGGCUAGAAGAAAUGGUCCAACCUCGUCUGUCAGAUGCUCUUUCAAAUCGAAAGGUCGAUCACGUUCAAGAUUUACGGCGAAUACUUAUUCGUAUUGGGAGGUUCAAGUCAUUAGAGCUGCAUUAUACCAAAAUGCACAUCAAACCUUUAAAGAUACUUUGGGAAGACUUUGACUCAAGACAGCGAACUAGAAAGCUCGAGAUGGAAAAACAUGGUGAUAACUCAACCUCCGUUUCUUUCUCUAGCUGGUUACCGAGUUUCUAUGAUGAGGUUCUACUUUACCUUGAACAAGAAUGGAAGUGGUGCAUGAAUGCUUUACCUGAUGAUUACAAGUCUCUGGUUCCAAAACUACUGAUUGACACCAUGUCUGAAUUGGGUGCCAGUUUUGUUUCUUGUGUCAAUCUUGCAACUGCAGAUGUUGUUCCUGAAACCAGAGCAUUGACAAAAGGCAUAUUGGACAUCUUGUCUGGAGACAUACCAAAAGGUACUAAGGUACAAAACAAGCAUCUUGAGGCACUAAUUGAAUUGCAUAACAUGACGAGCUCUUUUGCAAGGAAUAUUCAACACUUAUUUUCAGAUACUGAUAUUCAAGUUCUACUGAGUACCCUAAAGGCUGUUUUUUCUCCUUAUGAAACAUUUAAGUCGAGGUAUGGUCAGAUGGAGCGUGCUAUUCUUUCUUCUGAGAUCACGGGGAUAGACAUCCGUGGAGCUGUUGCCCGUGGUGUGGGCGCACAGGGUAUAGAACUCAGCGAAACUGUUCGGAGGAUGGAGGAAUCUAUCCCCCAAGUCAUAGUGUUCCUUGAAGCAGCUGUUGAAAGAUGCAUUAGUUUUACUGGUGGUUCUGAAGCUGAUGAACUUAUAGUGGCCCUUGAUGAGAUCAUGCUACAAUACAUUUCAAAUCUGCAAGAUACCCUGAAGUCACUUAGAUCUGUAUGCGGAGUGGAUAAUACCAUACAAGGUGAUGGUCCAAAGAAGGAUGCAGGAUUGGACAAAAGGGAAGGAACGCGCAUAGCGGAUAUGGUUUCUGAAGAGGAGGAGUGGUCUAUUGUCCAAGGUGCUUUGCAAAUUCUUACUGUUGCUGAUUGCCUAACCAGCAGAGCAUCAGUUUUUGAAGCUUCUUUAAGGGCUACUCUGGCUAGAAUUGGGACGAGUUUAUCUCUUUCAGUGUUUGGUUCAAAUUUGGACCAAUCCCAUGCAGUCGUUGAUGAUGAGAGUGGGGAAGCCACUCUUCCAGGAAGGGCAGCGCUAGAUGUGGCAGCUUUGCGUCUUACUGAUGCUCCUGAGAAAGCUAGGAAGCUUUUUAAUCUCCUAGAACAGUCAAAAGAUCCACGGUUCCAUGCGCUUCCUCUUACAUCACAAAGAGUGGCAGCAUUUUCAGACACAGUAAAUGAGCUUGUUUAUGACGUUCUUAUAUCAAAAGUACGACAACGUUUGAAUGAUGUAUCUCGGAUGCCAAUUUGGUCUUCUGUGGAGGAACCAAGUGCUCUUCCCCUCCCAAGUUUUAGUGCCUACCCACAAGCUUAUGUGACCAGCGUUGGGGAAUAUCUUCUUACUUUACCCCAACAACUGGAGCCAUUGGCUGAGGGCAUUUCUAGCAGUGAGGCUGGCACUGAAGAGGCCCAGUUUUUUGCUACCGAAUGGAUGUUUAAGGUAGCUGAGGGUGCAACUGCUCUUUUCAUGGAGCAGCUACGGGGAAUUCAGUAUAUCACUGACCGAGGUGCACAACAGCUCUCAGCUGAUAUAGAGUAUUUGAGCAAUGUUCUCUCAGCACUCUCAAUGCCCAUCCCUGCAUUCUUGACAACAUUCCACACCUGCCUCUCAACUCCAAGAGACCAGAUUCGUGACCUCCUCAAAUCAGAUGGAAACCAGCUUGACCUCCCAACUGCCCAUCUGGUGUGCAAGAUUCGCCGCAUUGCUUUAGAUCAAUGAAAAGGGGGGGAAAUUUGUGUUAUUUCAGCUUGUGCUAUUUUUUCUGUCAUCUAGAUUGUUCUUUGAUCCUGAAAGAAUGUGCUUUGUAAAUGUUCACUGUAUUUCAUGCUAUAUCCUUUGAAUUUCACUUAGGACAGCAAAAUUUUCUACGGACAUACAAAUAUAUAUUCAUUUUUGGCUAGGAGAGAGGCUCAAAUUACCUAUAAA